ACCUACCUUGAGUAGCGCCUUCAUCUGCGAAUCUGAUCUCCUCUCAGUAGUCUGUCUGUCUGUCUUUGAUCCGACUGAUGUUUCGAUUUUAAGCCUAAGGCAAUCUUGCAUCUUCAAACCUUCGGAACAUCCAUCAGUCAAAUCAUCAAACGGAAUACAUCCGCACACGCAUAGACAAGCGACAACAAUGGCGGGGUCAUCGUCACCCGGGACUUGCUCCAGCAUUGUGGAAUGGCGUGCCCAGGCAGAGGCCAUGAUGUCCGCGGUCGCCGGCUUGCAAACCACCUCCCGCACAGUUGACAUACCAGACGACUCAGACUGGGACGACGACGAGAUUGACAGGGCAUACGAACCCCGGGACGGGCCCCGCGAUGUCUGGGAUUUCAUCUUGGAUGACGAGUUGGACGACAUCAACUUUGACAGCGGCGACCUGUUUGACGGCGUGGAUGGAGAAGCGUCCGCUGCUUUUGAUGUGCACUGGCUAGCAGCACGAUGCGCCGACAUCGCCUCGCGGAAAUCAGGUCUCUCUCCGAGUGCGUUGCAGGAUCAGAUCAUAGAAAUUCUCGGCUCCAGCAGGCCUGAGGGCGAACUCCAAUCGCAGUUGACGGACUUGGUGGGAUUCGAUGACCUGGACUUCAUCAUCGACCUGGCGUCUCAUAGGGCUGAGAUUGUCGCCUCCGCGGCAUCAGAGAGUCUUCGUGACGAGCAGACCGGCCAGGCUCCACGACUGUUGACCAAGGCUCAGAGGCAAGAGGCUCUCCGGCGCAGAGAUCUUGAACACAAGGCCAUGCCCCUCGCCGCAUCGCGCGAGAAAGAGGAGGACUACCCACAUGUCUACAAGACAUACAGCGCCGGCAACACCCUGAGCCACACCGGUUCCCGAUAUAAGCUGCCCGUCGGGAGCCAGAGGUUGGAGUUUGAGAAGUACGAAGAGUACGUGGUUCCCGCGGGGAAACCGGGCACACUCUGGCCGGGCCAGAAGCUGGUCAAGAUAUCCGACAUGGACGGGCUGUGCAGGAACACCUUCAAGGGGUACAAGACGCUCAACCGCAUGCAGAGUAUGGUGUAUCCCGUGGCCUACAAGACGAGCGAGAACAUGCUCAUCUGCGCUCCGACUGGUGCGGGUAAAACCGACGCCGCCAUGCUGACCAUCCUCCACACCAUUGGCCAAUACCUGACGCCGAACCCCUUCGAAGACCACCUGGCCACAGACUUUGCCGUCCAGGCCGAGGACUUCAAGAUUGUCUACGUCGCGCCAAUGAAGGCGCUGGCCGCCGAGAUUACAGACAAACUCGGCAGGCGACUGGCCUGGCUGGGGCUGCGUUGCCGCGAGUACACGGGCGAUAUGCACCUGACCAAGUCUGAAAUUGUCCAGACACAGGUCAUUGUUACCACCCCCGAGAAGUGGGAUGUCGUGACAAGAAAAGGGACUGGCGACACCGAGUUGGUGCAGAAGGUCCGCUUGCUCAUCAUUGACGAAGUGCACAUGCUCCACGACGAGCGAGGUGCCGUGUUGGAGUCGCUGGUGGCCAGGACUCAGCGGCAAGUCGAGAGCACUCAAUCCCUGAUUCGCAUUGUCGGUCUCAGCGCCACGCUUCCCAACUAUGUGGAUGUGGCCGAAUUCCUGGGAGUCAACAAGAAGGCAGGUCUGUUUUACUUUGAUGCCUCCUUCAGGCCGGUUCCGCUUGAGCAACACUUCAUUGGCGUCAAAGGGAAGCCGAACAGCAAACAGUCCCGCGACAACAUCGACGAGGUGGCCUUUGAGAAGGUCCGCGAGAUGCUGGAACAGGAUCACCAGGUCAUGGUCUUUGUUCAUUCCCGGCGAGACACUCAGGCAACUGCCAAAAUGCUCUACGAGAAGGCCACGGACCAAGCCUGUGUCGGCCUGUUCGACCCCAGCCUGCAUGAGAAGUAUGAGCUCGCUAUGAAGGAUAUCAAGUCUUCCAAAGCCCGUGAGAUCAGGGAGCUCGUGCCCAAGGGCCUGGGCAUCCACCACGCUGGUAUGGCUCGGUCAGACAGGAACCUCAUGGAGCGUCUCUUUUCCGAGGGCGUCAUCAAGGUGCUCUGCUGUACCGCCACGCUGGCUUGGGGCGUCAACUUGCCCGCCGCUGCGGUUGUCAUCAAAGGGACGCAAGUCUACAGCGCCCAGGACGGCAAGUUUGUCGACCUUGGUAUUCUCGAUGUGCUGCAGAUCUUCGGCCGCGCAGGUCGCCCGCAGUUCGAGGACGUCGGUAUCGGCAUGAUCUGCACCACUCACGACAAGCUUGCCCACUACCUGACAGCCGUGACGGACCAGCUUCCCAUCGAAUCCAGAUUCUCCGCUAAGCUUGUCGACAACCUGAAUGCCGAGAUUGCGCUCGGCACCGUCAACUCAAUAUCCGACGCUGUAAAGUGGAUCGGAUAUUCGUAUCUCUUUGUUCGUAUGAAGAGAAAACCAAUGGCAUACGGCAUCGAGUGGUCCGAGUUUGACAACGACCGCUCCUUGAUCCAGAGACGGCGCCAGUUGGCCAUCCAGGCGGCGAGGACGCUCCAACAAAGCCAGAUGAUCAUCUUCAACGAGCCUACCGAGGAGCUGCGCAGCAAGGACAUUGGCAGGAUUGCCAGCCAGUACUAUAUCCAGCACACCAGCAUCCAGAUCUUCAACUCGCUGAUGAAACCCAAUUCCGAAGAGAAGGAUAUCCUGAUGAUGAUCGCCAUGAGCGGCGAAUUCGACAACAUCCAGUCAAGGAACAACGAGGCCAACGAGCUGACCAGCAUGAGGAAGAACAGCCAUUUCGUGCCUUACGAAAUCAAAGGCGGCAUCGACCAGCCGCAGACUAAAACCAACAUCCUCCUCCAGGCCUAUAUUUCGAGAGCGCAGCCAGAUGACUUUGCGCUGACCAAUGACUUGAACUACGUCGCUCAGCAGGCCGGGCGUAUCUGCAGGGCUCUGUUCAUGAUUGCCCUGAAUCGGCGAUGGGGCUACCAGUGUCUUGUUCUGCUGACCAUGGCCAAGUCUAUCGAGAAGCGCAUCUGGGCUUUCCAGCACCCCUUCCACCAGUUCGACCUGCCGAAGCCUGUUCUGAAUAACUUGGAUGCGAAAGACUCACUUGCGAUCGAGUCCAUGAGAGAGAUGGAGCCUGCGGAGAUUGGAAACUUGGUUAACAACUACCGGAUGGGCACCAAGAUCGCGAAGCUCCUCGACAACUUUCCGACGUUGAGCGUUGAGGCCGAAAUCGCGCCCCUGAAUCGCGAUGUCUUGAGGAUCAAGCUCUUUGUCACUCCUGAUUUCCGGUGGAACGAUCACCUGCACGGUACAUCUGAGUCGUACUACAUCUGGGUUGAAAACUCCGAUACUUCCGAAAUCUACCAUCAUGAGUACUUCAUUCUUAACAGGAGGAAGCUGCAUGAUGACCAUGAGCUCAACUUCACGAUCCCCCUGUCCGAUCCUCUCCCCAAUCAGAUCUACGUGAGGGCCGUCUCUGACCGCUGGCUCGGCGCAGAGACGGUGACUCCUGUCUCGUUCCAGCACCUCAUCCGCCCAGACACGGAGAGCGUUUACACGGAUCUCCUGAACCUGCAGCCGCUGCCCAUCUCAGCGCUCAAGAACCAAGCGCUGGAAGAUAUUUAUGCCCAGCGCUUCCAGUUCUUCAACCCGAUGCAAACCCAGCUGUUCCACACGCUGUAUCACCGGCCGGUUAAUGUCCUCCUUGGCUCGCCGACGGGCAGUGGCAAGACUGUUGCCGCUGAGCUGGCCAUGUGGUGGGCCUUCCGCGAACGGCCUGGCUCCAAGGUGGUGUACAUUGCGCCCAUGAAGGCGCUGGUUCGCGAGCGCGUCAAAGACUGGGGCGCUCGUCUGGCAAAACCGUUGGGCUUGAGGCUGGUCGAGUUGACGGGUGACAACACGCCGGACACGCGAACGAUCCAAGACGCCGACAUCAUCAUCACGACGCCCGAGAAGUGGGACGGUAUCUCACGUAGCUGGCAGACAAGAGGCUACGUCCGGAAGGUCAGCCUCGUCAUUAUUGAUGAGAUCCACCUUUUGGCCGGAGACCGUGGCCCGAUUUUGGAGAUCAUUGUCUCGCGUAUGAAUUACAUUGCAUCAUCUACCAAGAACGCGGUCCGCCUCCUGGGCAUGUCGACGGCUUGCGCCAACGCUACUGAUUUAGGCAACUGGCUAGGCGUCAAGGACGAAGGGCUGUUCAAUUUCCGGCACUCGGUCCGCCCUGUACCUUUGGAGCUCUACAUCGACGGCUUUCCGGAGGUCAGGGGCUUCUGUCCCCUGAUGCAGUCGAUGAACCGGCCGACCUUCCUGGCCAUCCUGAACCACAGUCCGGAGAAACCCGUCAUUGUCUUUGUUCCGUCCCGUCGCCAGACCCGUCUCACGGCCAAGGACCUCAUCAACCUCUGCGGCAUGGAGGACAAUCCGAGGCGGUUCCUCAACAUGGACGAGGACGACCUGCAGCUAAACCUCUCGCGGGUCAAGGAUGAAGCGCUCAAGGAGGCCAUCAGUUUCGGUAUUGGGCUGCAUCACGCCGGUCUAGUCGAGUCGGAUCGUCAGCUUGCAGAGGAGCUCUUUCUGAACAACAAGAUACAGAUUCUCAUUGCCACCAGCACUCUUGCUUGGGGUGUGAAUCUGCCAGCGCACCUUGUCAUCGUUAAGGGAACGCAAUAUUACGACGCCAAAAUUGAGGCAUACAAGGACAUGGACUUGACCGACGUGCUGCAGAUGCUGGGUCGUGCGGGUCGUCCGCAGUUCGAUAACUCUGGUGUUGCUCGCAUCUUCACUCAGGACUCCAAGAAGGACUUUUACAAGCACUUCCUGCAUACAGGCUUUCCGGUUGAAUCGUCACUCCACACUGUUCUUGACAAUCACUUGUGCGCUGAAAUCUGCGCCGAAACCAUUGUCACAAAGCAGGAUGCGCUCGACUACCUGACUUGGACCUUCUUUUUCCGCCGUCUACACAAGAACCCGUCCUACUACGGUCUUGAAAUCUCGGCAGAGGAGCACAAUUCGACUGUUGCCCAGCAGCUGGCCAACGAGUUCAUGAUUUCCAUGGUCGAUUCCUCGUUGAACGAGCUCGUCGACUCGAAAUGCGUCGAAGUCUACCCCAACGGCGACGUCGACCCAACGCCGCUCGGCAAGAUCAUGAGCUACUACUACCUCUCCCACAAAACCAUCCGCCACCUCGUCCGCAAAGCCAAGCCGCAAGCCUCCUUCCUCGAUGCCCUCUCCUGGAUGUGCCGCGCCACCGAGUACGACGAACUGCCGGUUCGCCACAACGAGGACCUCAUCAACGCCGAGCUCUCCCGCAACCUCACCUUCCCGGGCACCGCUUUUGGCCUGCCCAUGUGGGAUCCGCAUGUCAAGGCCUUCUUGCUCCUGCAAGCGCACAUGUCGCGCAUCGGCCUACCCAUCACCGACUACGUCGGCGACCAGACCAGUGUGCUCGACCAGGCCAUCCGCAUCAUCCAGGCCAGUAUCGACGUCAUGGCCGAGCUGGGUCACCUCAGCUCCAUGCUCCAAUUCGUCCGCCUCCUGCAGUGCGUCAAAUCCGCCCGCUGGCCUGACGACAACCCGGCCACGAUCCUCCCUGGCGUGGACGACUACUCUUCCUCCUCCUCUUCUCAAAAGGAGAAGCAGCAUACCCCGCUCAAGGACAUCGCCAAAUUCACCACCUCGCAACACCAGCAAUCCCUCCACAAGCUGGCCCGCGACCUGGGCGUGCCGCACUCUCAGACCGCGCGGUUUGCCAAAGCGGCUGCCUGUCUCCCCGAUCUGAGCGUGUCGGUAGACGACGUCAAAACGGGCUCGCUCGCGGUUUCGCUGAGGCGCCUCAACCCGGUCGCGGAGCGCGAGGCAAGGAUCUACGCCCCGCGUUUUCCCAAGCCCCAGACCGAGGGGUGGUUUGUCGUGGUGUGUGAUGCGGCCAAGGACGAGGUGCUUGCUGUCAAGAGGGUUGGGUGGAGGCCCGGUGGUGGUGGUGGCAAUGGUGGUUCUGCUGUCGGCUACGAAUAUCCCUGA